CGUCGGAGCGAUGCAGACGCAGCAUCUGGUGCCGCUCGCGUUGCCUCGCGGGCAGAAGCUCUUCUGCGAACUGUGCCGCGGGCCGGCCACGUUGCGCUGCGGAUCCUGCUCUGUCACCUACUACUGCGACGUAGAACACCAGAGUGCCGAUUGGGUCAGCAUCCAUGAGAAAAUAUGUCAACUUCUCAUCCCUUUGCGUACAACGUUACCUUUUUACAAUUCGGAGGAAGAAAGGAAGCAUGGGCGAGAGCAGAAGUUAAGAAGAGAGAAAUUCCUGGCCGAGUUGACCCAGGCGGUCGCUCAGAAUUUUCUUCUUGAAGGCAAACACGAAGAUGCCAUUCCAGCUGCGUUGCAUUCGCUGAAGUUCAACAUCAGCGUACACAGUUCAAAUGCUGUGGAGCUGGUGCCAGCGUACCUCAUUUUAGCUGAGGCAGGUCUGGGCCUUGGGCACCUUGCCCAAGCAGAGGAGUACCUCUCACAAGCCCAGUGGAUUAUCCUCAAGAAUUCCCACUGCAGCAACGCCAUUCAGUCUGACUUUCAUCGCAACCUGGGCCUCCUUCACGCUGCCAAAGGGAACUUUGAGGACUCUUUGUACCACCUGGCUAAUGACAUUUACUUUUCCUCUUGUGCCUUCGGAACGAACCACGUGGCUGCCUCAGGCGGGUACUUCCACAUGGCCAAUGUCUUCUUCCGUCAGAACAGAAUGGACAUUGCCGAUUCGCUGUACACCGAGGUGACCAAUAUUUGGCACCACCAUUUCAGCCACUUCAUCGGUCUCCAGUACCACACGCUUAUGACUCCGGCAGAACUUGAUAUGCUUGCGGAAGAAGAGGAAACUACAGAAGAAGUCCUUGAUGUAAAGCAGAGAGCCGAAGCGAAACAGAUGCUGAACGCCAUCUUAGAGAUCCGAGAACAGUCUCCACGACCUCCGCUGGCUCACAUAGUCAAGAUCCUCCACACUCUGGCCAUGCUUCAUUACUUGAUCCUGGAUGUGCCAAAGGCUCAUGAACUUGUGAUGAAACUUCUGCAAAUUAUGAAGAAGCUGCCCAAGUAUGACCCAGGCGAAUCACUUCACCAUUUGGUUAAAUUGUUGAAAUCCAAACCAAUCUUUGCAAAAUAGACCCACCACCGCCACCCUCAGGCCUGGCUUCCCAGAUGAACAUUAGAUGCCAGUUGCUAAUCAUCCUUUCCUGCUUCUACUUCCAAUUUUAAUUAAAUUGGCACUUCUUAGAUAUAUCUGUAGAUUAUAGAUUCUUCAACCUGGAGAGGAGCAGAUGAACCUCCAAUCCAUUUCUUUCCGAUUGCCAGAGGCCACUUAUCUUCCAGUCUGAGCCCCCCACCAGCUGAGUGACAAAAUCCAGAUGAUGAUAAAUAUGCCUUGGGCAGGGAGCAGGCAGGAUCCAGACAUCCUUUGCAGAGCCAGUUGCUUCAGAUUCCUCGGCCAAAUGGAAGAUAAAAACUCUCUCACACCCUCCAAAGGGGAGGUGCUGAAGCUGAAAGCAAAGCAUGGCCUUUAACUGUAUCUAGGGGGCUCUCUGCCCUCAAUGCUGUCCCAAAUCACGCAGCUGCACAAAAUUUAAAGCUGUAAAAAUUAACCACCACCUUGGUUUUUUAAAAAAUAUCUCUGCAUAUGAACGUACAGUUGCACCCAUGUCUACAUGGGGCAUGGUUUGGCCGGAGCAAGGCAAACCCCAGAGCCCAAGCUCAGGCAAUAUGCUAAGCUAUGAUUGCUCUGGGUAGCCCAGGAGCAACAAGAUGUAGGGAGGAAUGAGACCUGCGGGCACUUGCUGCGGGAGGGAAUGAUGAUCCAGAUUUGUUAUAGCAGCUCGCUGAGAAUUCCCUCAGGGAAGAAAGUAGAGGGCCAACGGAGGGGUGGCCUCCAACUCUCAACGUGAGCAGGCAGGAGAUUUUUUUGGAGGACCCCCAAGCCUAGGCUGACCCUUCCUCCUCAAGGCACAGGAUUUCCUGCAAGGGCUGAAAUGAAACCACGUGACACAGUCCAGGGUUCUCAAACGCUCAUUUCAUUUAUUCUGUCCAUACAGGGUUCUCCUUUCCGUGUGUGUGUGUGUUUUUUUUUU